ACUUUUAACGGCUAAGAAACAAACCUACCUCUCUCUCUCUCUCUCUCUCUCUGUGCUUGGAGAUCGAAUUUCGUGGCUCACCAAUCGACCAUCACUACCACUGGAUGGAUGCUAAUUCGUCCUACUAGUCCAUCGUCAAUGGCCACCGCGACACGUGUCCCACUGGUGCCUUCGAGCUCAAGCCUCCUCCCCCUGCGUCAAUGUCAUGAACACUUUUUGGUUAAUUGCUUCGUUACUACUACAACUCUUCCAGAAGCUUCCACUCUCUCCUAUUUAUCCUCAUUUCCUCAGAAUUUAAGGAUUGCAAAAAAGGGUUUUAGGAGACUCUCAGUGGUUAAUAAGUCGGCGAUGGUGGAUUUGAACCCAAGCACAGUCCUUGUUACCGGUGCUGCCGGUAGAACUGGACAAAUUGUUUAUAGGAAGUUGAAGGAGAGGGCGGAUCAAUAUGGUGCAAGAGGUUUGGUCAGAACGGUGGAGAGCAAGGAGAAAAUUGGAGGUGCAGAUGAUGUUUUUGUCGGGGAUAUAAGGGAUGCCGACAGCUUGGUUCCUGCUAUUCAAGGCAUUGAUGCUCUUAUAAUUCUCACGAGUGCAGUUCCAAAAAUGAAGCCCGGGUUUGAUCCUAGUAAAGGUGGAAGGCCAGAGUUUUAUUUUGAAAAUGGAGCAUUUCCUGAACAGGUUGACUGGAUUGGGCAGAAGAAUCAAAUAGAUGCUGCUAAAUCUGCAGGAGUGAAGCAAGUCGUGCUUGUUGGGUCAAUGGGAGGAACACAGCCUGACAAUCCAUUAAACAACUUAGGAAAUGGAAAUAUUUUGGUUUGGAAGAGAAAGGCUGAACAGUAUCUGGCUGACUCAGGACUCCCGUACACAAUUAUAAGGGCUGGAGGCUUGCAAGACAAAGAAGGCGGUGUUCGGGAAUUACUUGUUGGAAAGGAUGAUGAGCUUCUCCAGACAGAAACAAGGACUAUCGCUAGGGCUGAUGUUGCAGAAGUCUGCAUUCAGGCACUACAAUUUGAGGAGGCUAAAUUCAAGGCACUUGACCUGGCAUCAAAGCCUGAGGGAACUGGCACGCCGACAAAGGAUUUCAAGGCUCUGUUUUCAAAGAUCACUACUCGUUUUUGAUAUGAAACGGCCUUAGCUAUUUGUUUGGGACUAUAGUAUCCAUCUUCAGGGUUAAUUAUUGAGAAUUAUGUUAACCAAUUCUGCAUUGUGACUCCAGGUUGUGAUGUUCGAAAAAAAAAAAAUAGAGUAGAACAAGAAUUUUAGCUGGUUGUGUAUGGGUUUUGUAUUUUGUUAUGUAAGAUUGUAUUUUGUUAUGUAAGAGUCUCAACAUUGUUAGCCAUGACAAAGAUGUCUUUUACCAAGAAGAAUUGCACCCUAAUAUGUCGGUAGUUGUAUU